UGCAUUGUCUAUUUUUUGUUCAUCGCACGCGGAAGUGAAUAGAAAUACCGAUUUCCUUUUCCUAUAGUUAAUUUUCAAAAACAUCAACUAGACUUUAAAAUAAUAAUUAUUUUACUUUUGUUACUAAGUUUCAGUUUUAGUUGUGUAUAUAGUGGUGUUUUCUUAUUUAGAGUUCUUCAAACAAUGGAAGUGUUCGGUGAUAUAUUAAAUGUACGCUCUGUAAAAAUGGAAAAUUCAGAGAAUGGAUUCGACGAGGCUCCCGGCGAAGAGUCAUCGGAUCCUCUAGCUAUGAUACCACAAUACGUCACCGAGAGUGAUUUAGGUUUAAUACAAUCGGGCACUGAAAUUCUACAGACUCCAUUGACAGUAUUUUCGGAUACACCAGAUGAAGAUGACACCAUGCAAAGCAAUGAUUCAAGUGAAGAGAUGGUGGUGCAACUGAUGGACAUUCGCACGCGUUUGUCGAAGCUGCGCGCAAUGUUGGAGAGGCGACUCGGUACUGACCUCUCUGACUACACCUUCUGGCUGCAGGAUGCUAAAAUGUUGGAGAAUCACAAGACAUUGGUGGAGCAAUGCAUCCGCGGCGAAGGUGUAGUUCAAGUAAAUGUUCAGGUGCGCCCCGCUGACCGCAAAAUCAAUAUUCUGGACGUGCUGAAGCCAGAUGAAGAGCUGGUGCAAAUUCCCAACGAACUUGACGAUCAAUAUAUCGAGCUGGAGGAGCCGAUGGUGGAGGAUACGGACGAAACGGGAGUGGAGGCGGCGGCAAUAGCAGGAAUGGUAUCGGAGACGGGGACAGAUGUCCCCCACGCGGCCACUGUCAAGUGGGUAGUGGACGCGCAGUUCAAGAGCGAUCACCGCGUGAAAGUGCCCGACGACCCAGCGCAAUGGUCAGUGCAACACGUGAAGCUGUGGGUGGUAUGGGCUGUGCGGCAGUUCAACCUGGCUGGCGUGCGGCUCGCUGACUGGCAGCUGUCGGGUCCCGAGCUGUGCGCCCUUACCAACGCGCAAUUCAAGUGCGUGUACUCAUUUCUAAUAGGUUUUUCGAACCAGAAGUUAACGAAAUUCUACAGGCGGGAAAAUUUCACAAACGACAACAGUUACAGGGAGAAAGUGUACAGGACUUGUAUCAGCCAGCUCGGAGCUAAGUGCAAUUUUAUAUUGGAACGCCAGUUGAGAGACCGACUAGUGCUGGGGGAAUUGGUUCCAAACACUAGGACUUCAAGGUCUGGUUUGUGCUGGUCGGAAGAGGAUAUAAUACUUUAUAAAAGGGAAUUUCCUGAAUUAUUUAAAGAAGGAUUGGGGGAGUACAAGGGCCCUAAAAUCGUUACACUUACGAAAGACGCCACGCCGCGUUUCUUAAAGGCUCGCGCGGUACCAUACCCACUCAAACAGAAAGUGAUUGAAGAACUGAAUAAGAUGGGUUAUUCAAUCCGCAAAGCCAUACCUGAACAGAUUUCAGAAUGUUACGUUGGUCACUUAAACUCGGCUAUGACUAUAAACUUUGGGAAACUAAUUGGCAACGCGGAUGCUUUAAGCAGAUGGACCGCUACGGAUACAUCCAGUGUAAAGAAGGAAGUGUCUGGUGAUCUGCUUCUCUCGGACCCCGGGGUUUAUUCUGGACACAUUUUGAGUUACUGCGCAAAUGUAUAUUGCUUGGAAAAUGAUGAACCUGUGGAGGCGGGCGUGGGCGUGCGCGGUGCUGAGGAUGGGGGUCCAAGCGUGACGGCACGCAACGGCAACAACGGGCAGGUGCAACUGUGGCAGUUUCUGCUCGAGCUGCUCACCAGCGCGCAGUACUAUAACCUCAUACGUUGGCACGGUUCUGAAGGCGAGUUCAAACUGCUAGAACCGGAAAAAGUGGCAGCUCUAUGGGGAGCCCGGAAGCACAAGCCCGCCAUGAACUACGAAAAGCUCUCGCGCGCUCUGCGGUAUUACUACGAUGGGGAUAUGAUCGCCAAGGUGGCCGGCAAGAGGUUCGUCUACAAAUUCGUAUGCGAUCUUCGGCAGCUGCUCGGUUACGGAGCCGGUGAACUGGCAGAACUCGUGCAAGAGCUCCAUGAUGAAGAGGCGGCGGAAUCGCACUGACCACGUUAUAAACAUGAUGCAUAACAUCACAUGACUAAGAAUAACGUCCAACGUUUUUAAUGUUGCUAAUUAUUGACCAACCAACCAGAGAUGUAAAAAUUAUGACCAUAAAUGUGGUGCAGACAGUUUUGUAAUUUAAUCAAGUGGCAAGUCGUUUAAUAAAUAAGUGGUCGUUACGUUACAAAAAGCUUAACUGUAAAAUAAAUUUUUGACAAUUCAUAACUGCCAUAUUUGUUUUAUACUGAUGCAGCUUGUAGUACUCGCGAAUUUAAGACUGAUCUCUGACUAAAAUUUUGUUUUUAUGUUUAGCUGCUUAAUCGCCACUCGUGUAAAUUACAAAACCGAUACAAAUAAUAAUUAUCAGAAUCGCAACGUCUUUAAGCUUUGUCGAAUAUUUAAUAAUAAAAAAGUUUAUUUCAUCUCCACAAAUAGCAGAAAAUGUACAAAGUACGUAAAUAUGUAUGUUUAUACAAAAAUAUUGUAACUCGUGGAAUAUAUAUUUGCGACAAAUAUUUGCGGCAGGGAGAGAGGGGCGGGGAGUGUUUACUUGUAUAGUAAAAGAUAGCAUUAUUACUUGUACUAUGCUUACAUAAAAAAAAAAACAAGUCGAAUGUAUUAUUCCUACAGUGAAGAAGCACUAGAUAUGUUAUUCAUUUUGAAGUUUAUAUUAAAGAAGUUUAAUUUACUCCUUAAGAUUGACAACUCAUGUCUAACAUUUGUAGUUAUACAUUAUAUGUACUAAAUGUGUUUUUUCUUUGAAUCUUAUAAUAACAAGAGAAAAAAUUACAAUUUGUGAUAAUGUUAUCUCACCACAUUCCUCACGUAAAUCUGUUCUAAGAAUAUAGUUUCGUUAGUAGAGAUGAAUUGUCGAGCAUUUUAAAAAAAUCGGUGAUUUGGUGGUGUAUCAGUAGACUUGGAAUAUUAGUUUCCCAUCUACAUUUUGUCCGCCUAACCCCACAAGGGAUCUGAUGUUAAUAUAAAAAGAUAGCUAGAAAGUUUGCUUAUAUUGUAAAAGAUCGAGCUACUGAACAGAUGGGUGAUAUGUAAAUAACAGUGAAUUAUUAAUAAGGCUAUUAUGAAUAAAUAUAGUUUAUUACUUGUUUUUCA